GACCCGCCAUCAAAUGAAGAAGAGAAAGAAGCGAAAGCAGUGAAACGGACCCGGAAAAGAAAUACAAGAGCGACAUUUUAAACCAUGUUGUGCUCAUAAGUUCAAGCUCUUUGGAAAAGUAACACGCUAAUUGUCUUUUAAGUUCUGGAGGAAAAACGGACAGUUUAAACGGUUGCCGCUGCUUUCGAUUGACAGCUAAAAGUUAAAAUUAGCCGUGUCGACCAGAAUGGACUCAUGGCUUCGCUUCAACUCGCAGAGUCAAGCCAAGGAGAAAAUGCUUCGGGCGGCUCAGUAUGCUUGCACACUGCUAGGAUACACACUGCACAAAGGUGGGGCUGGAGCUCAACUUGCCCAGACUGUGGGUCAGCUGGAAGCUCACUUGAGCCUGACAAGAAAGCUACUGCGUUUGGGGAACUCAGUGGAGGCUGUGGAAGCAGCGAAGAGGAGCGUCCACCUUUCUGACGGCGUGCUGAGGUUGUGCAUCACCGUCAGCCACUUGAACAGAGCCAUGUACUUUGCCUGUGACAACGUCCUGUGGGCCGGAAAGAUGGGCGUCGUCUCCAAAGUGGACCAGCACAAGUGGAGCCAGAGAUCUUUUAAGUACUACUUGUUUGCGCUCAUCCUCAACCUGACUCGAGACGUGUACGAGCUCCAUCUCCUGAUGGAGCGUGAGGCACGGCAGAGAGCAGCUAAAUCUCCUCCCUCACGAGACCCCAGCCCCGACCUGUCCUCACCUGCAGUCGCGGCCUCCGUUGCCCUGCCAUACCUGUUGACGUGUUUGCACAGACGCCUCCACCUGCUGGCCACAGUACUGCACAACAACCCGCCGCUGCUGCUCGACCUCCUGAGGAACACGUGCGACAUCUUCAUCCCUCUGGACCGCCUGGGGAUCUACCCUACUGGGAGGGGCUUUGUGGGCGCCUGUGGGCUGGCGUCCUCAGUCUUCUCCAUCCUCACCAUCCUGCAUCCUUGGCUUAAACUCAAACCAUGAAGUCAACACGAGAACUUUCCUGAGGUUUCGGAUCUAGACUCUUGUCUUAAGGAGCAAAGGUCACACUGCAAACAGAAGUAACAGUUUUUGCUUCUUUUACCCAACAAAUGUACGCACUGAUUUUUAAUUGUGCUGCAGAAAUUUAACGUACCUUCAUUGUGUACCAUGGACACUUUAUCUACGCACAAUAUGGCAAAUGUCGGAUCAUAAUUCUUGUGCUUUUUAAAGGCCUACUGAAACCCACUACUACCCACAACGUAGUCUGAUAGAUUAUAUAUCAAUGAUGAAAUAUUAACAUUGCAACACAUGCCAAUACGGCCUUUUAGUUUACUAAAUUGCAAUUUUAAAUUUCCCGGGAGUUUUGUCUUGAAAACGUCGUGUAAUGACGUGUACGCAAGACCUCAUGGGUUUUUAGGAAGUACGAGCGCUACGCACACACAAAGCUAAAUGUCGUCUGCUUUAACGGCCUAAUUACACAGUAUUUUGGAGAACCGUGUUGCCUAAUAUUUUGCAAUUUGUUCAAUUAAUAUUGGAGAAGUCAAAGUAGCAAGAUGGAGUUGGGAAGCUUUAGCCUUUAGCCACACAAACACACGGUGAUUCCUUGUUUAAAAUUCCUGGAGGUGAAAAUUUACUAUGGAUCAGAGCGCGGUCAAGCGAACAUGAAAGAUGAAGGAAUGUCAACCAGCAGUUUUCGGUGAGAAAAUUGUGGUUAAAAAGUUGCUUCUUACCGGACAAAAGCUGAGCUUGCCACGUCCACAGCUGCCGUCGACCCCUGAGACACCCGUGGACGUACAACUCCGGCUAUCAGGUACUAUUUAACUCACUAAAACACUAGCAACACAAUAGAAAGAUAAGGGAUUUCCCAGAAUUAUCCAACUAAAUGUAUCUAAAAACAUUGGAAUCCUUCCCAAUGCAAUCACGUUUUAUUUUUAUUUUUUUCCCUAGUCAGUCGCUAUUAAUAUCCUCAAACACAAAUCUUUCAUCCUCGCUCAAAUUAAUGGGGAAAUUGUCGUUUUCUCGGUCCGAAUAGCACUUUUUGUUGGAGGCUCCCAUUAAAAACAAUGUGAAUAUGUGAGGAGCCAUCAACAUGUGACGUCAUCGUCUGCGACUUCCGGUACAGGCAGGGCUUUUGUCUUAGCACCGAAAGUUGCAAACUUUAUCGUGGAUGUUCUCUACUAGAUCCUUUCAGCAAAAAUGGCAAUAUUGCUAAAUGAUCAAGUAUGACACAUAGAAUGGACCUGCUAUCCCCGCUUAAAUAAGAAAACCUCAUUUCAGUAGGCCUUUAAAGUUCCCCUGUAUUAAGGGUGUCCAAAACGGCGACAGCAUGUUUGUCUGCAUAAUCAUAUUACAUUAACAAAGUAUUAGAUCUUGCAAUAAUGUGCUUUGUAACCAAUAAAGCUAAAUGUCUUUGGUCAAAUGUCAUAGCAUAUAUUGACUUAAAUCGGAUUGCUGUUACAAGUCUGAAUUCUACAAAAUGUAUCCAUUUAAAUUUUCUGAAUGCCUGGUGCAGUUUGGAUACCCUUAUUGUUAUAAAAGGGAUUUUGUCAGUAACAUUUGAGCCUUGGUAGGUUAACUGAAAGUAUAACUGUUCCUUUUUCUGAGUGUUUAUAUUGACUGGACCUAAUUUCCAUCUUUUUAAACCAAACUGACUGUUAAGAAUAUCAUUAAAAACAGAAAAUUUAUUUGUGAACAGAUUCAAAUAAAAAAAACAUACAAAUCCACAA